ACAAACCAACACAUUUAAACGUUCCUUUCACCGAGUUGUAUGACGCCGUAUCUUAGCUGAAUUUCCACUGGUCAGACUAUGAUCGUCCUCGUAAUUGUAAUUGUAGACGACCACGGUCAUUUCUACGUCAUAUUUUUUGCAGUAGAAGUGAUUUCGACAUACCUGGAUAUGUAAGUUUCUUCAGCGUUGGCUGCUGCUGCAAUUACCUGGUCAUUUCAGCCUGCUGCAGCUGGAAGAAGGAUGAACUGUGACCGAAGCUUCAAAUUUAAACUACUUGUGCCUGCCAAGGUAACUAGCGCCCCAGUAUCUUCUGUAAGUCCUCAAAAGGUCGCGGAGAUUUGCGGUGACAUGAAUAUCUCCAAACCUCAGCAGGGCUAUAAUAAAGGCUUUGAAACAAGUCAAAGUAUGGAAUUUCCAAGUGCUGUUGCGGCGGCCAAACCAAACAGAAAAGAUUCCAACAAGAUGAAAGUAGCACCAUUGCUACAAGAUGGGGACUGUAAACCAGGACAACUCUAUUCUACACUUUUGGACGAGGUUGAGAAAAUUAAAUGCUGGAAACUGAAUGUCGACUUUGAAGUGGUGCAGAAGGAAACUAAACUCAAAGAGAACAAAAGAAUAAUUGAAACUCAGCGCAAAGCCAUUCAAGAGCUGCAGUUUGGAAAUGAAAGCUUAAGCAUUAAGCUUGAAGAGCAGAUCAGUGAAAAUGAGGAUUUACGGAACAAAAACAAUGCAACUUAUAACUUGUGUAAUAUACUGAAAGACACUUUUGAGCGCUCAGCCGAAAAAAUGCAUUUGUUUGAAUCGGAGCGAGAGGAAACCCAUCAGCUUUUCAUGGAAAACAGUGACACUAUUCAGAAAAUGAUAGCCGGAUUUAAAAGCCUCAGUCUUCAGGUAGAAGCAGAUCAGCAAGAGAUGAUGAAAGUGAAGGAGAGUUUGCUUCAAUUUGAAGACCUGAAAGAAAGGUAUCAUCAAGAGUACACCCUUAAAGAAGAGGAGGUUGCAAAACUUCAAAAUCUACUCCAGGAAAAGGAUAAUGUGCAUCAGGACUCCUUGCUUGACCUACAAAAAACUCAAGAUCUCUACAGGCAGCUUCAAGAGUCAACUAAUGAACACAAUGAGCAGCUGAAGAGCUUGAAAACGGAGCAGGAAUCUCUUUUGGGAAAACUCGCAGAUGCACAGCAUCGCUGUGCUGAAACCGAGACAAAUAUGCAAGCUAUGGCGACAAAGCUUGGAGAAACUAUAGAGGAAUAUGAACAGAUUAUCCAGGAAAAGGACCUUGAUCUGCAGAAAAUGUCUCAAGCUAAAACUCAAUUAUCUGAGAGGCUGGAGGAGACUCAGAAUGUGUUUCAGGAGCUUCAAAAUUCACUUGAUUUAGAAAAGCAGAGGGCACAGCAAAUCAAGGAUCAACUUGUUGAAAAUAUUGAGAAACUUGAGCACAAAAAUGCUCUUUUGGGACAGAGUUUGGAACAAAUUAAAAAGCAGAAUGAAAAGAUCCAAAACCUUGAUGGGGAGCUGGACAAAAAGUCCAAUAUUAUGGAAAUCCUGAAGGAGGAGAAGAAUAUUCUUGAGAGCAGAGUCAACGAGCUUAAUGCUGAGCUUUCAAUAAAAAGCAAAGAAGUACAACUGGCUAUAAGUAAAGCCCAGACCAGCAUUAAGGAAAAUGAGGUGCUAAAAAACUCUCUGAAAGCUGCAGAGAAGGUGGAAGAAGAUCUGACGCACAAAUACCAGCUAGUUGAGCUUGAGGCACAGGAGCUGAAAGCACAAUUGUGUGAAGACGUGAAGACCACUGAAGAAUAUACCCGUAAGAUGGAGCAGCAGAGUGAAGCCCACAGACAACUGGAAGAAAACUAUGAAGCUCUUUCAUCUAACCUCAAAAAGUUAGAAAUUGAGAUGGAAAUUGCUCAAGUGCAGCUUCACAGUGGUCAUUGUACCUCAAAUGCACUUGAAGAAAAACUCAAGGAGAGUGAGGACAAUUCAUUGAAACUAAAGGAAGAAAUUCAAAGGCUGGAUGAUGAAAACAAAUAUUUGAGGGAGGAAGUUAAUGCCACCAAAGCAAAAACUCAGGACAUUUUUGAAGAUGUUGAAGUUUUCCAAAAGAAAGUUGAAGAAAGUUGUAAUUUCUGGCACAAGGAAGUGGCGAAAAAAGAGAAGCAGAUGAAAUUCAUGGGAACGAAGGUGGGCGUUCUUCAGAGAAAAUGUGAGGAUAAACUUCGAUCCCUCAGUGAAUUACAGAAAGAGAAUAAAAUGCUGAAGAAAGAAAUUGAAGUAGUGAGAAUGAAGUCAACUAAUAUGGAAAACCUGCUCAAAGGUGUACAGGAGGAGUCUGAAAAGCACAUUGAGGAAAACAGGAAAUUGCAGAUGCAUUUGGAAUCCAAAUCCACCUUUGUAGCUGAACUUGAGAGUGAGUUGCAAAGCUUCAGAGAAGCUGCUGCUGAGGCCAUCAAAAACAAGGAGGAUGUAGAAUUAAAGUAUCAACUGAAGACUGCAGAUAUGGUUGCUGUUAUGGAGAAGCAUAAGAAUCACUAUGUGAAGCUGGUUGAAGAAAAAGAUGCCAAGCUUGAAGAAAUCAGGAAGAAAGAGGUCCAAUUUGAAUCCGAGAAGAAAACAUUGAUAUCGGAUAUUAAAAUGCAAAAAGCAGAAAUUGAUCAGCUGAAAAAGAACCGGGUGACACAAAUGAAAGAGAGGGAAAACCUUUUGAAGGAAAUAAGUGACAUGAAGAACAAAGUUUCAUCAGACAAAGCCUUUCAGUUUGAGGCAUUUGACUUCAACCAACAACAAGGAAGGUGUUUAGAAAGUCAGACAUCUUCAAAGGAACUUAGUACUGACAUGCAUAAGAGCAUUAAAACUCCCUCCUUCAGCAGAGCUGAUUGGAAAACAGCACCUCUGAAGACGACUGAAUCAGACACUGAAUCUUUUAGAAGUUCUCUUCGAACCACUCCGAAAUAUAAGACUUAUAGAGUGAGAAGCCCUCCAUCUACUGACAAGGUGACUGGACGGACCAAAAGUAUCCUUAACUUGGAGCCCACGUCUGACAGCUCUGACAAAACUGAUCUUUUAUUCAUUCCAAAUCCACCCAAGCCAAGGGCUCCCCUCCCGAGCGUGAUAAAAACGCCUCAAAGCUCUGGCUCUCUUAAGUCUCCUGGAAACACCCUAAAGUUAGCUGCCAUGAAGAGGAUGAGAGAGGCUGGUUGGACCGCUGUAGCCACUAGUCGUGGCAAGAAAAGGUGGAAGAAGGAUGACAUAUUUGGCUAAAUACUAGCUGUUUCAGGUCGGAUUGCUCACAUUGUAGAACAGAUCAAAUCUUGCAACAUAUUCAUUGCCAUGGCAAGAGGCCAGUUAACUGUUUGUGGUUAUGCAUAAAAUAUGAAGGUGUUACAUUCAAAAUUUAAAGUGACUGAAUUCUGUGUGAGAAAAUGCAGCUCUGUCUUGACAACUUCAAUCUGUAAUGUAAUUGUUGAGCGUUGUAAGUCGUUGGAAGUAGUUCUUCUCAAUCUCUAGUUGUUGGGUUUGUUCUGUUCAAUCGAGGAGCUCAAGGUGGAAUGACGAUCGAUUCGUGGGGAAUGUUGGCACGUCAUCAUUUAUCGGGUUGUCAUCGUAAAGUCCACCAGAUAUUACAAGCGUGUCCUCAUCAGUUAGAUAGGCAUCUGUUCAAAUAAACAAGCAUUCAGGCUUGGAAAACAAAACUAGUUUGCAGAAUUGCAACGAUUGAUAAUAAAAUAUAAAGAUUUACUCACCAAUGUUGUCUGUGUUGUUGAGAGGCUGAUGUAAGUAUUGGAUUCUGUAUUUGCAUCUGUGAAUCAGGAUGAUGACCAGCCCCAGAGUAAAUGCUCCGACUACAGCACCGAAGAAUAUAGUCAUAUUUUUUUCCGAACUACUUAGUCCCAAACCUGUUGGUGAAGAAAUGUGUACAAUAGCAAAAUGAUGCAUGGGUUCUUUCAGAACUGAUGUAACUGCUACUCAUCUUUAGUAGUUUCAGCCUUGGAGUUGGACACGGUGAGGGCAGUGGUGAUUGAAUUGGUAGCUGAACUAACAUGUGAAGUAGUUAAAUUCCGUGUAUCUGUCCCGUUCCCAGCUGAUGUCAGCGUCAAUGUGGUCUUUGUUGACGUCGUCACAGAAGUUGUUUCUUUAGUUGAAAUGUCACUUGUCACCCUUGCUGUCUUGGUGAAUGUAUCAGGUUCUGGGGAGGUACUGGCGAAUGGAGAAGUGGUCUCAAUCUUGUUAAGAACAGUUGUUGGUUUAAAUGAUGUAUCUGUUGGUUCUGAAUUUACUCUGGACCCUGCAGUUUUGCUUUCGAAGCUGACGUUUCCUGUCUGUGCUAGAGUGUAGUUAAAAACCAGCAGGCAAUAAACCACAAUCUUUACAGCCAUGAUGUCCUUUGCUAGGGAAAAGGAGUAGAAUAUUAAAACAUGGCACGUCAAAACGUCAUUGAAGUACAUCCACUUGUAAAAUAAACAUAUACAUGGAUGCUACAUUACUUAUUUGUGAAAAUGAGAGGACUUUUACAUGCAACAAGUCAGGGUGUGUGGUUAAAGUUUCAAAGAUUCAGCUAUUUUAAGCGUACAUACCUGAGGAAUCAAAAUGUGCCGCUGUUUAAUGAAUUUGAUGUACCGUAAGCCUUGGUGCCAAGGUGCUGUGACGCUUAAAAACCAGGAACUGUGAGAGGAUUAACUUGCUGCCAUGGUGGAUCGUAAAAGUGGGCUGGGCAGUGCUCCGUAAACUUCCACCAUAGUUUAUCGCCAGGCAACAGAAGACAAAUAACACUCAGAUGAAAGGUCAACCUCUUUUUCUUAUUCAUCCAAUAUAAAGCCAGGGAGGUAUAGAACAUCUGCUUUGUGCUGCUUUGUGAUUUUAUUUAAAUCAAAACAUGAUCUUGUUGCCAUUUUGGGAUCUUGUUCGAUUGGACUUGUUAUCUUACAGGUUAUUAAGGAUCAUGUCUGCCUCUUCUUUUUAUAUUGUGAAUGUUACUCCUAUAAGUCACUGUCAUUCUUUUUUAACUGACACUAUGGGGGUAUAUUACUAGUAACAAGCAAAUAAAACUGUAAUUAGUUAGAGUGUGCACCAGUAUUGCUUCUAACCUGCACACCAGCAUAAUCACACAACAGAGAAAUACAUGUAGCUCUCAAAACAUAAUCCACCCUGUACUGUAGAUGAAAUGAACAUGAAACCAUUUAUUCUGUGCUAUUUUGCAGUGCAACUGGGUGACAGGUGACAACUAGCGGUAAACUAAAUCAGGACCAUUUCUGUGGUCAUGACAGUUCACAUGUUUACCAUGUCAGUGAAGGCUUGGGAGACAAGGCUGGGUGGAGCGAAGGGGGAGAAUCU